AUGUUCAAAUAUUAUUUAUUGUUUAUUUUGUUAAUAUUAUUAUGUAGAUUUUCUGUAUCUUUUAAUACUGAAAAUCAAAGCGACUCAAAAUAUCAUAUUUUAAAAUAUUAUAAUAAUGAUAAUUGCACAGGUGAUGUUACUAUGAUUAGGGCUUUGUUAUACUCUAAUGAUUAUUGUAUAAAUUUUCCAUAUCCUCAAAAUCUUGAAAUUCUUGAUGGAGGUGUUAGAUUAUCUAGCUGUGACUGCUCAAAAGAUAAUAGUACAUGUGGCUUUUAUAUAGGGUUUGGUGAUUGUGUUAAUGGAACAAAGCUAUUUUAUGAACCUAUAAAUUAUUAUGAAGGUGAUUUUUGUGUAACUACAGAAACGAAUAUUUUUAACAAGGAAAUACUUGAUUACAGAUUUAUAGGGUUUACUGCAUCAAGGAGAAAUACAUUUAUAAAGCAUGCACAAGUUAUGGUAAAAUGUGAUUUUGAAAAACUUUUGAUAUGUGAUGAGCCAUGUAUAGAAAUACCAAACAAUUAUAGAAUUUUUGGUGCUGGGGCAAGUUUUCAUUUACUUUUAAUGGAGGAUCUAAAUUUCCUAAUCAAGCCAAUAUUUAAAGGAACCUAUAACUCUUACUGGAAAGAUGUGUUCGAAACUAAAUUCCAUGGUUCAAGUAAAGAAUCAACAAUAUAA